AUGACAGAUGAAAACCAUGAACAAAAGCCGACUUCUUUAAAAAAGGCUGAGGGAGAGAAAGAGGCCGUUGAUUCUGUUCAAGAGGAAGAACAGAAGAAAAAUACUUCGCCGGCAGCUGAAGAGGAAGAAGAGAAGAAGAAUAAUUCACCAGCAGUUGAAGAGAAAAAAGAGACUGUUGAUUCUGUUCAAGAAAAAGAAGAAGAAGAACAGAAGAAGAGUAUUUCGCCGGCAAUUGAAGAGAAAAAAGAGACUGUUCAAAAGGAAGAACAGAAGAAGAGUAAUUCACCAGCAGUUGAAGAGAAAAAAGAGGCUGUUGAAUCUGUUCAAGAAAAAGAAGAAGAAGAAGAAGAAAAAAUAAAUAUACCACCGGCAGUUGAAGACAAAAAAGAGGCUGCUGAUUCUGUUCAAGAAGAAGAACAAAAGAAGAAUACUUCACCAAUAGUUGAGGAGAAAAAAGAGGCUGCUGAUUCUGUUCAAGAAGAAGAACAGAAAAAGAAUACUUCACCAGCAGUUGAAAAUAAAAAAGAAAAUACCAAUUCCGUUCAAGAAGAAGAACAGAAAAAUAAACUAAACAAAAAUAAAAGUAACUCACAAAACAAUAAUGAGGCCAAGGAAAUACCUGGUGAUGUAAAAGAUUUGUCCAGCAACAAAGGCUCUGCUGUUACAGACGCUUCAGUAAAAAGCGAAGUCUCCCUACAUACACCAACUCCCAAUGAAGAAGUGUCUACCCGUGCAUCGAUUUCGACAAAUAUUUCUUCCAAGAGGUCUAUUAAAAAGAAUCAGCCUAAAAAAAUUGCCAGUACCAGAUCUAUUUUGAGCGUAUUAAAAGGUACAUUUGAAAAUCUUAAAAAUCAUAAAGAAUUGAAAGGAAAACAUUCGGCAACAUACAAAUUAUUGGAAAGGACAAUCACUGAAAUUGAUGACACUUUAAAAACAGACAAUCCAAAGUUGGAUUCAAUUAUUAUUUUUGAGGCUUUAAGGGCCAGUUGUAGAACUAAAAUAACACCAAUCAUUAUCACUGCUUUGGAUGGGUUAUCCAGACUAUUUUCCUUUCAGCUGUUGGACGAAAAAAUUUUGGUUAAUCCACCUAAUUCCAUGGCCUCUACAAAACAGGAACAAGAACCUGCUGAGCAUGGCAUCACACCCCCACCAAAACAAAAAUUGGUUGAUGCGGCAAUAGAUACUAUUACCGAUUGUUUUGAAGGUGAAAGCACCGAUCAAAAAGUUGAAUUGCAAAUUGUCCGUUGUUUGACUAGUUGUAUAUUAAUGGAAGAUUCUAUGAAUAUGUGCCAUGGCCAAUCCCUUUUGAAAGCGGUUAGAACAAUUUACAAUAUUUUUAUUUUUUCACUAAGCUCGUCAAAUCAAGGAAUUGCCCAAGCUGCAUUAAUUCAGGUCAUUAACUUGGUCUUUGAUAGAAUUAAGUUGGAUAACUAUACUAAGGAUGAUAUUUCCAACGCACCUGUUAGCGAGCAAAACAUCAAUGGUAACGGCGAGGCUCAGCCACUGACUUUGACCAAUAUGAAUAAAUUAAACGAUGAAGAAGAACAGAGUAUUGAUGAGAACAAGGUAUCUGAAGAUGAAUUGAGCGAAGAACAUUUGGUAAUUAAAGAUGCGUUUUUGGUUUUCCGGUCUAUGUCCAAAAUUUCUGCCAAACCUCUGGAUAGUGAUAUGGAUUUGAGAUCACAUGCUGUUAGAUCUAAAUUAUUAUCGUUGCACGUAAUUCAUUCUAUUUUAAGAGAACAUAUUGAUGUUUUUUUAAAUCAUAAUUUGAUUCUAAAAGGUAGGGACGAAAUGCCAUUUAUUGAUGCCACCAGACAAUAUUUGUGCUUAUCGAUUUCGAGAAAUGCUGCCUCGCCGAUUACUCCUGUUUAUGAAAUAACUUUGGAAAUUAUGUGGCUAUUGAUUUCAAACCUAAGAUACGAUUUUAAAAGGGAGAUACCGGUAUUCUUAACAGAAAUCUAUUUGCCAAUUGCUGAUUUGAAAACAUCAACACCCCAUCAAAAGAGAUACUUUUUGGACAUAAUUCAGAGGUUAUGUAAUGAUCCUAGAACUAUUAUUGAAUUCUAUAUAAAUUAUGACUGUGAUAGCCGCCUACCAAAUAUAGUGGAGUUGAUUGUAGAUUACUUGAGUAGAAUGUCUUUGACUAGGGUUGAUAUCACAGAUGAACAAAAGGAAGCUUAUGAUGCGCAAGCCAAGAAACCCUUGGCAACUUACAACUUAUCCCAAUUGCCUUUGUUAUCCAUUUCGAACCUAUCGUCGUCGUCUUCUGCCGCAAUUGCCGUUGUCAACGAUUCUUCUGGAUUGCCUUUCCCGAUUGAGUUUGCUUUGAAGAUGAGCUCCUUAAACUGUAUUGUUGCAUUUUUAAGAUCUCUAAGUUCUUGGGCUCACAAAGCUUUGACACCAUAUUCUACUUCCAGACCAACAGAGUCUACUAGAAACAGAUCUUCCACUGUAAGCUCCUUUAACUUGCAGUCUUCCUUUUCCGGUAAUGAUAGCUACUCUACUGUGGAAGAAGAAGUUGAUGACCCAGCACAAUUUGAAAAUUUGAAGAUGAGGAAAACUUUAUUGGCUCAAUUAGUCAAAUUAUUUAAUGUAAAGCCUAAAAAGGCCAUUCCUGAACUUAUCAAUAAGAAAUUUAUUAAAGAUGCGUCACCCACUUCAAUUGCACAUUUCUUAUUGACCACUGAUAACUUAGAUUUAGCUAGUGUUGGUGAUUAUUUAGGUGAGGGUGACGAAAAAAAUAUUGCUGUUAUGCAUGCUUUUGUGGAUGAACUAGAUUUUAGAGGAUCGACAUUUUUAGAUGCGUUAAGACUAUUUUUACAAAAAUUUAGAUUACCAGGCGAGGGCCAAAAAAUUGACAGAUUUAUGAUGAAGUUUGCCGAAAGAUUUGUUGUUCAAAACCCGGGUGUGUUUGCCAAGUCAGAUACUGCUUAUGUUUUGGCCUAUUCUGUUAUCAUGUUGAAUACUGACUUACAUUCUCCACAGAUCAAGCAUCGUAUGAGCUUAGAAGAAUUUAUUGAAAAUACCGAAGGUAUUGACAACGGGAAUGACUUGCCAAAGGAGUAUAUUGUUGGCUUGUAUAAUGAAAUUAGUAAAAAUGAGAUUAAAUUGCUAUCUGAACAACAUCAAGCUUUAUUAAAUGGUGGAAUUAAACAAAUUCCAGCUGCAUCUGCCUUUAGUUUUUUCAAUACUAGAGAUUUAAAUAGAGAGGCAUACAUGCAAAUUUCUAAGGAAAUUUCUUCUAAAAGCGAAAUAGCUUUCAAAAAGUUGAGUGAAUCGAAGGAAAAUAAGGACGAUAUAUUUUAUUCUGCGUCCCAUGUUGAACAUGUCAAGUCCGUUUUCGAAACAUUAUGGAUGUCCUUUUUGGCUUCAUUAACACCACCUUUCCAAGAUUAUGAUGAUGAGGUGAUUACUAGCCUAUGUUUAGAAGGGUUGAAGAUCUCAAUUAUGAUCUCUGCUACCUUUGGUAUUGAAAUAGCCAGAACUUCCUUUAUUGGUGCUUUAAUUCAGUUUGCUAAUUUGCAAAAUAUUCAAGAAAUGAAGGUUAAGAACGUUCAUGCCAUCAUUACUUUAUUAGAGGUUUCCCUGGUCAGUGGCAACUUUUUAAGAGGUUCGUGGAAAGAUAUUCUAUUUGUUGUAUCACAAGUUGAGAGGUUACAGUUAUUAUCCAAAGGUAUUGAUCGUACCACCAUUCCAGAUGUCAAUCAAUCUAGGUUGGCCAACCAUCGGAGCUCAUUUGAUUCUACAAGGUCAUCAAACAUGUCUUUUUUUGAAAGAUGGACUAAAAAGUCCAGUCCAACAGAAAUUGCUCAAGAAAAAUAUCAUAAUCAAAGUUUACCACUAGAAAUGUCUAGAUAUAUUUCGUCUUCUGCCUUGGUUGUGUUAGUUGAUCGUGUCUUUAGUGAAAGCAGCAAUUUGAGUGGCAAUGCAAUAAUUGACUUUAUUACGGCUUUAACCCAAGUAUCCUUUGAAGAAAUUGAAUCUUCCCAAGACUCUGCUCAACCAAGGAUGUUUUCACUACAAAAAAUGAUCGAUGUUUGUUAUUACAAUAUGGAUCGUAUAAGGGUUGAGUGGACACCUUUGUGGGCUGUUAUGGGAGCUGCAUUUAUCAAGAUUGCUACCAAUCCGAAUUUGGCCGUUGUUUUCUUUGCCAUUGAUUCAUUACGUCAGUUGUCUAAUAGAUUUUUAGAUGUGGAGGAAUUAAGUGGGUUCGAGUUCCAAUGCGACUUUUUGCGACCAUUUAGAUAUAUUGUACAAAGCACUACAAACAGUGAGGUUCAAGAAAUGUGCUUGGAAUGUUUCCGUAGUUUUAUCCUAAGUAAAUCCGAUAAUUUGAAAAGUGGUUGGAAACCUAUUCUAGAGGCAUUGCAAUUUACAGCAAUGUCUCCAGCUUACCCAAUUGUUUCCAAAACCCGUUCUAUCAUUUCGUAUGACAUUGGUACGGAGCAUUUUGCUAAUAUAUUUAAACACGAAGAUUCGUUUCAGCAAUACAUUUUUGUUUUCAAGGAAAUUUGCAAGAAUAAAAAGUUCCAAAAACCAGCAUUGCAAUCGCUAGGAAGUUUGAAAACGAUAUCCAGCAAAAUUGCUGAUAUUUCGUUUAAAAAUAAAGAUUCUGAAUUACUGAAAGGCAAAGAUCUAUUCCAGGAUAUCUGGUUCCCGUUAUUAUUUGCCUAUAAUGAUGUUAUUAUGACAGCAGAAGAUUUGGAAGUUAGAUCUCGCGCUUUGAAUAAUAUGUUUGAUGCUUUGGUUCAAUAUGGUGGUGAAUUUGAUGAUAUCUUUUGGGAAAAAGUGUGUAAUAAACUAUUAUUCCCAAUUUUCAGUGUUUUAUCCAAGCAUUGGGAAAUUAAUCAAUUUAAUAGUCAUGAUGAUCUAAGUGUUUGGCUAUCUACGACCUUAAUUCAAGCUUUAAGAAAUAUGAUUGCUUUAUUCACACAUUAUUUUGAUAGUUUGAAUGGAUUGUUGAGCGGGUUUUUGGGGUUGUUAGUAUCUUGUAUUUGUCAAGAAAAUGAUACUAUUGCUCGUAUUGGUAGGUCAUGUCUACAGCAAUUAAUUGUUCAAAAUAUGAGUAGAUUUAAGGAGGAGCAUUGGAAUUUAAUUACGGAAGCUUUUUCCAGAUUAUUUGCCUUAACAACAGCUUCUGAAUUGUUUGAUAGUGAUCCGUAUAAACAAGGUAGAAAAACAAGCACACGUAACUCAGAUACGGAUGAAGGUGCAGACCAACAUUCUUCGCCUGCAACAGUUGAUGAGGAAGUUGAAAGAGCUCAUAAGGAAGAAAUUAGCGAAGAUGUUGGAAAUGCCGAACCCAAUGAUAAAAUGGCCAUGUUGGUUGCUCAGAACGGCAGCAAUGGCAGCGCUACUAAGAGAUUAGUGCAGACUAAGAGUAGUGAAGACUUGCGUCGUAGAAUUACUACAAAUAAUGCCAUUGUAAUUAAAUGUGUUUUACAGUUGAUGGUUAUCGAAUCAUUGAGUGAAUUGUUUGAACAGGAAGAAUUUUUAAACUAUGUGCCAUUUAAUGAUGUGAUUAAAAUCACAUAUUUGUUACAAAGAUCGUAUGAAUUUUCACGUGACUUCAAUGACGAUUAUGAACUAAGAACUCGAUUAGUCGAGGCAAGAGUUGUUGAUAAAAUUCCUAAUCUUUUAAAGCAAGAAUCUAGUUCCGCUGCCGUUUUGAUAAAUAUUAUGUUUAGAUUGUACCUAAAUGAUGAAAGCCAGGAGAAAGAUGUUAAGAAUGAAUUAUUGAAUAGGAUCAUUGAUAUUUGCGUUCAUAUAAUCAAAAGAUAUGUUUCAUUUGAUGAAAGUAGCAACCAAAAGAAUAUUAACACUAUGCGUCCAGUAAUAGUAGAAAUUUUGCAGGGUUAUUAUGAAUUUGAUGAUACAGAUUUCAAGGAAAAUUGUUCAGUCAUGUAUUCUUUAAUUUUGAAAAUAUUGAUCAAGACGCUGCCUAGUGAUUUAAGAACGGCCAUUCGUUUAUUUUUAACUCGUGUAGGACAAUUAUAUUUAGAGUUGGAUGUUGUAGAUGAAGAUGUUGAUAGUGACAAUGGUGGAAAUAGUUUUAUUGAUACUAAAAAUAACAGCAUUGAAUGA